AUGGCUCUUAGAACAUACGGCGAUAAGCCGAUAAGUUUUCAAAUAGAAGAAGGAGGUGACUUUUAUUGUGUUGGAUCAGAGGUGGGAAAUUACCUGCGGCUGUUCCGUGGGUCUCUUUAUAAAAAGUAUCCUGGCAUGGCCAGGAGAACUCUUACUAAUGAAGAAAGAAAACGUCUGGUUGACAAUGGCCUAGGUCCUCAUGUAUUGUCAAGUUCUGUGUCAUUACUCAAAGCAUCUGAGGUAGAGGACAUUAUUGAAGGAAAUGAUGACAAGUAUAAAGCAGUAUCAGUAGGUCAAGAGUUAGCAACACCAAGAGAAAGCAAAAGUAAAAAGCCACAUAAUCCAUCAUGGGUACCAGUUAUGCCAAAUUCUUCACAUUUGGAUGCAGUCCCUCAAGCGACACCUGUUAGCAGGACAAGAGUACAUAAUAAAAAGGUGCGAACAUUUCCAUUGUGCUUUGAUGAUACAGACAUGACGGCAAUGUUGGAGAAUUCAUCCCAAAAGCAAAUCCUUGUGCCUAUUAGACUCGAUAUAGAGAUUGAAGGCCAAAAGCUAAGAGAUACAUUUACUUGGAAUAAAAAUGAAUCCAUAAUAACCCCAGAGCAAUUUGCUGAAGUGCUCUGUGACGACUUAGAAUUGAACUCUUCAACAUUUAUCCCGGCCAUAGCUACAUCCAUUAGGCAACAGAUAGAGCAGUUUCCAAGUGAACCGCCAGCUAUACUAGAAGAGCAGUCUGACCAGCGCGUAGUUAUCAAGUUGAAUAUACAUGUUGGAAAUACAUCUUUAGUAGAUCAGGUGGAAUGGGAUAUGUCUGAGAAGGAGAAUAACCCGGAACAGUUUGCUAUGAAACUUUGCGCCGAGUUGGGAUUGGGUGGCGAAUUCGUCACCGGUAUAGCGUACAGUGUGCGCGGUCAGCUCGGCUGGCAUCAGAGAACAUAUGCAUUCAGUGAAGCACCACUGCCAGUCAUUGAGACGCCGUAUCGUCAAGCUUUGGAAGCUGAACAGUGGGCUCCUCAUCUCGAGACCCUCACUAACGCAGAGAUGGAGAAGAAGAUCCGCGCACAGGAUCGUAACACAAGGCGCAUGCGUCGACUCGCCAAUACUACACCCGAUGUGUCAUUGAGUCGGGCGGUCAACCGGCUGAUUCGUGCAGACGAGGCCAUGUUCCAAACGACGCCAGAAAAGCGGAGGAAAAAAAUUUAA